AUGGUCAUCAUGGACCGCCGCCCGUCGGGGAAGGCGGCGGUGCUGUCAUUCCCGGAGACGGAGCGCCUCAGCAGCGCCAACCUCAUGGCCGUGCCCAUGUACCUCCAGCACGGGUUCACGAGCAUCUGCACGGCGUCGGCGCUCGCGGAGACGGGCGCGCUGCGCUACAUGAUGGAGCACGAGCGCUGGAGCCUGCGGAGCCUCUGCGAGGGCCUCAAGCUCCAGCCGGGCUACACGAAGAGCUGUGUCCACCUGCUCGUGUCCCUCGACCUGCUCGUCGACGAGGGCGGCGGCGGCUACCGGCGGGGCCGCGACUUCGACGACUUCGUGCGGCUGCCCUUCGAGUCCAUCGAGAAGUACCUCAGCUACGACUUCGCCAAGGUCUUCGACCAGAACGUCAACGCCUUCUUCGCCCAGAUCGACCUCACGGGCCCGAAGCUGCCGCGGGUCCAGCUGCUCCUCGAGAGCUUCUACCUCGCGCCCAUCGUCAUCUACCUCCGCAUGUACGUCCAGGGCACGUCCGAGGCCUUCAAGACGACGCACCUGCGCCUGGACGAGUCGUCGCUGGGCCCCAGCGUCCUCGCCAUCUUCCAGGGCCUGGGCUGGUGCGCGGACAACACGUCGAAGCUCACGUACAUGGGCAUGUACGUGCUCUCGACAGCGCUGAACGCGGGCGUGCCCAUCUCCUACUAUCCCAUGUUCCAGGAGCUGCCGAAGAUCCUCAUGGGCGACGGGUCCAUCUUCGCGGCCCAGGAGGCCGACGGCCACGAGGUCCACGUCGACCGCGUGCUCAACGUCAUCGCGUCGGGCGCGCAGCACAAGCGCUUCUUCGAGCACAUGUGCAACGGCGUCUUCAAUCGCGUCUUCGACGACCAGCCCCUCGAGGACCAGCCCGCGGCCGUGGCGGACAUGGGCUGCGGCGACGGGCGCUUGUUGCUGACGCUCUACGA